AUGGCUACCCCUACGAUCGUGAUCCUGGGCGAUGACCCCGAGACCACGCACCGUCUCAACGCCUGCGCUUACCAGCAAUCGGCCAUCGCGACCUUUGACGGCAUCCAGUAUGCGGCCUUCUACACCACACACGAGGCAUCACAGGCCAGACGAGUCGCAAUUGCGCGCCACAGUGUCCAGGACACCUUGUCUGACUGGCAGUAUCUGACCUUCGAUGAUUACGACCAGACCGUCGACGACGGGCACAACACGAUCUCGAUUGGCAUCUGUGCGGGCGACGGGACAAUCCAUGUGUCUUUCGAUCAUCACUGCGAUACACUCAAAUACCGCAUCUCAAGGCCAGGUCUGGCCAAUGACCCAAGUAAUUCGAGCUGGUCGGUCACCAGCUUCAGCCCAAUUCAGGACCAUCUACCCGGAUGCGACAGGCUGGUCGACGUGACGUAUCCGCGAUUUAUACCCGGGGGACAGCAGAUGUUCUUCGAGUGUCGUGUUGGAAAGGCAGGUGCCGGCUCCGACGUCCUAUACCGCUACGACCCCGAUAUUGCGCGGUUUGCGAGUGUGGGAACAUACCUAGUCGGGGAGCAGUGCAAUCCGUACCCAAAUGGACUCUCUUUCCACCUGGAAACGAACUCUCUGCAUGUCACUUGGACGAACCGUCAUUUUAUCGAAUACGAGGGGGCAGUUGAUAGCGCCUCCACCGCUCACAAAGCACAGGCUGGUCCUAAUGGCCCCGAGAAUAACGAAGGCCUCUAUCAUGCCUACAGUCGGAAUUAUGGCGCUUCCUGGAAUAGUUCAAGUCACCAGAAGGUGUCAGUCCUGAGUGCAGAGAGGGGAUUGAAUUCUCAGGAUAUGCGACUCCGAGUCAAGGAUAUCCCUCGGGACAGUGGGAUUAUGAACCAGGAGGCACAGUAUAUUGAUGCCAACGGGGGAGUCCACGUGCUGAACCGGGAGAACACUGGUGGUAAAGAGUCUUGGAUGCAUUAUUAUCGCUCCCCGUCCGAUGGAUGGAGCUUCUUUGCAUUGCCUGAUGUUUAUCCAACUCCUACUGGGCCACGCGGAAAGGUCGUCUACGUUGCGAAAUGCGACAGUGUCUUCUUCGUCCUACCGUCCAAUACAGGAAGGGAGCUGAUUUUUGCCCGACGGAGGAUGGCAGGUACGAACCAGGAGCUUGAAGUAGUCUGGAAAGGGCCAGAAUACACUGGGGAGCCCCUGGUGGACGAAGAGGCCCUCCAUCUUGGGAUACUGUCUAUUCUCAUAUUGAAGGAGAUCGAAGGGAAAAGGAAGAUCGUCGUGCUCCAGUUUGACGUCAAUCGACUGGCGACAUGA